AUGUCCAUCGUGGUGGAAACGCUGCCAAAACUUGAUUUCACGGAAGCAUUGAAAGAUUCUCCGAGGUUCAGACAGGCAAUUUUGGUGCAUGAGCAGUACUUCGCCAAGUUAGAUUCAAAGCUUACUGAGAUGUUGCAAUUACUUAACUCCUUGGCAGAUCAUGGGAAGAAUUAUGUAAAUGAUUUUUACACUUUAUCAGCUGUUAUCAAUCAGUUAUGCUACGACUUAUUGCCUCAGGAUCCAUCGCUUUUAUUGGCACUCAAAUCAUUAUCGGAUGUUUUCGCUCAGGUUGCACAUAUCUACAAGUCAUUUGUGGAACAGUCCCAUCUUACUAUUGCUGAAAGUCUCAUUUCUUUCCUUAAAAAUGAACGGUCGAAAGUAACAGAAACGCGUUGCCAUUUUGAAAGUUUAUCAAAUUCACUAGAUGAAGCACUUGCAAAGCGUGCUGCGGUGCAUCGUGCACGACCAGUGGAGAUUGCAGAUGCGCGAAAUGCUCUUACUGCUGUUGGUACAUGUUUUGCACACACUGCGCUCGAUUAUGUGGCUCAGAUAAAUAUCGCCCAUGCACAUAAAGAUCAUAUUGUUUUAGACGCUUUGUGGUCUUUUGUGAAAGAAUGCAGUACAUUCUUUGUACGUGGGCACGUGUUUUUUGAUGAGUGGACAGCGGUUGAAAGUGGUGCAAUAGCUGAUACCUCAUCAUUACUGGCGAAUAAAAGUAAAUCUGUAAAAAGGAAGAUGCAAGAUCGUCAUGCCUUAGUACCUAAGGAAGUAUUUCUUCAUCCAACUGGUAUUUCUCCAGAAGAUGAUGUUGUGAUGGAAGGUUAUCUUUUCAAACGAGCUACCAAUGCUUUCAAGACAUGGCACCGACGUUGGUUUCAAAUUAAGGAUAAUAAAUUGAUAUAUUCUCAUCGAUCCGAUGCGAUGGAGAUGCCAACGAUUAUGGAGUCGGAUUUGAAGUUGUGUCUUGUCAGGCCAGCGCCUACAACAUUUGAAAGGACGUGCUGUUUUGAAUUGGUCACGCCAACAAAGAAUCAUUUGUUGCAAGCCGACUCGGACACAUUGUGUAAUGCAUGGAUGCGAGCUCUUCAACGAACGAUUCAUUAUCUACAUGAAAAUGAUGAUACGGUACUCCACCUAACAACUGUAAAGCAAAUUAGCGAUGGAACUUCCGAAUCUGCGUCAACUCUGCACCACGAAACAUUAUUGGCUGAACUGAGACGAAUUCCGGGCAAUGAUGUUUGUGCUGACUGUUGUGUUGAAUCUCCAAAAUGGGCUAGUAUCAAUCUUGGUGUUUUAUUAUGUAUUGAAUGCUGUGGUAUACACCGAAGCUUUGGUGUGCAAGUUUCGAAAGUUCGUUCUUUGAUAAUGGAUACGUUGGAACCGGAACAGAAAAAGGUAUUGUUAGCGUUGGGAAAUCGCGCGGUAAACGCGAUUUAUCUUGCUCAUAUUCCUUCAGUGAAAGUAAUCCCGCCGCGUCCUGUUGCUACUUCUGCAAGACCAGUGCGGGAGGCAUGGAUCAGAGCUAAAUACAUUGAAAGACGAUUUGUAAGAAAAUGCAGCGAAAGAGCAAGGGAAUCUGCUAUCAAACGUUCAAAAGCAAUACAUCGAUCGUCUUCAAAUCGAGUUUCUUCAGUCCGUCAUUGUUUAUCAGAACCAUCACCAUAUUUUGAUAAUGAACAAGAACAGUUAACUGGGUAUUUUUCUGAUACAGGAUCGAAGCCCAUUGAAAUCCCAACCAAAGAUGGCAGAAGAAAGAUUUCUGCAUACGGAUCUGAUUCAAAUUUGAAUAUAGCGUAUGAUAAAUUAAGUGACGCUAAUCAUAAUAACCGAGCUGUGCUUGCUGCAACAACGGGCGAUACUUUAGAAUUGUGUCGACUUAUUGCAGAAGGUUUCGAUGUUAAUACUUCUCUGAAUGACACAACAGCAUUGCACAUUGCCAUAGAACAUGAUCAAAGUAUAGCGGUGGAAUUUCUCCUACUAAAUGGUGUGAAAGUGAAUGCUCUGGAUUCAUCUCUUAACACUGCGCUUCAUAUAGCAGCAUCGAAGGCAUGCACACUAAUCGUUUGUCAAUUAAUGAAACGUGGGGCCGAUCAGCGCUUGAGAAAUCGAUUGAAUGAAACACCUUUGGAUUUAGCAAUUGAAGGCAAACAUGCGGAUAUUGUGACACUACUGCGAGUGCAAGAAAUGCGCGAUGAAUUUUGCGAUGAAUUCAAUAAUCCAAUGGACGAAACUGUAGAUGACGUGAUGCAAGAUAUCAGUCGCAAAGUUGAUCCUUCGCUUCGAUAA